CACGGCUGUUGGUCUUCGGCGCGGGACGGAUCCUCCUCUGCAGCUUCUUGCACCGCAACAUGGCGACAGAGUUCCAUAACCUGCAGGAGCUGCGGCACAGUGCAUCACUGGUAACGAAGGUGUUUGUACAGAGAGAUUACAGCCAAGGAACCGUCUGCCGCUUCCAGACCAAGUUCCCCUCAGAGCUCGACAACAGGAUUGAGCGAACCUUGCUGGAGGAGACGGUGAAGACCCUGAACUCUUAUUAUGUCGAGGCCGAGAAAAUUGGAGGUCAGUCGUACCUGGAAGGAUGUCUGGCCUGCGCCACAGCGUACAUCGUCUUCCUCUGCAUGGAGACGCGCUACGAUAAGGUGCUGAAGAAGAUAUCGGGCUACAUCCAGGAGCAGAAUGAGAAGAUCUACGCUCCUCGAGGUCUGCUGCUCACCGACCCCAUAGAGAGAGGAAUGAGGGUUCUGGAGAUCAGCCUCUUUGAAGACCGGGGCUCGGGCAGCUCCAGUCCCAGCAGCAGCAUGUCGUCAGCCGCCAGCAGCGCCCGGUGACUGGAGGGCCAGCGCCAGGCUUACGGGUACCACCACAGGGGCAGCGGGACACUCACCAACAUCCGCAUGCUGAAACAUGAGAGCACCAGGUUCUAAGAGAAGUGGAGAGAACCAAGGCAAGGAGGUGAUCCACGGGCAUUCACACUCUCCCUGCUGGAGGACGACGCACCAGCACCAGAUCAGGGGCUGGCUCCCACAAACACACUAGACAUGCAACAGGAUCAACACAAGCACAACACAGCCCACACAUAGGCAGCAGACACAUGUACAAGCCAACAUCCGGAGUGUCUGCGAGGGAAUAGAUUUCACUUUUCCGACCUAAAAUAAUCCUUUUUUUUUUUUUUUUUUUCACAUUUUUCCAUUCACCUUUUCUCUCAUUCCUUCACGUCUGUUUCCAUGAGUCACACCAUCUCUGUGGUGAAGCUGAUU